UGCGUCAUCGCUCCUCCCGGAAGUCAGCAGCUUCGGGCAGAUGGUGGCGGCCUCGGUGCAGGAAGAGGAUGUUUGUUUCCAGUGGAGGAAUAAUAUCAGCUGAUUCCAGCUCUUUUUAACAGAGUUAAACCACCGAACAGUUUUUCUGCGGAGCUCCCUGGGAUCACCCCCCCCCCUCCUCCCUGUUCCCUGUGCAGAAGCCCGGCUCCUGUGCGGCUGAAGCGCUGCGCUGCUGGAGAAGAUGUCCCUGUUCCAGUCGGCACUGGAUUUCCUCGCCGGGCCCGGCUCGUCCGGAGGCGCCAGCCGGGACCAGAAUGACUUCGUCGGACAAGUGGUGGAGCUCGGUGACUUGAAACUGAGGAUCAGGAGGGUGAUCGCAGAAGGUGGAUUUGCCUUUGUGUAUGAAGCCCAGGACAUGAGCAGUGGCAAAGACUACGCUCUCAAGAGGCUUUUGUCAAAUGAGGAGGAGAAGAACAAGGAAAUCAUACAGGAAGUCUGCUUCAUGAAAAAGCUGUCAGGUCAUCCCAACAUGGUUCAGUUCUGUUCUGCUGCCUCCAUCAGCAAAGAGGAGUCAGACACCGGACAGGCCGAGUUCCUCAUCCUCACUGAGCUGUGUAAAGGUCAGCUGGUGGACUUUAUAAAGCGAGUAGAGGAGAGGGCGCCCCUGUCAUGUGACACUGUGCUGAAAGUCUUAUACCAGACGUGCCGCGGCGUGCAGCACAUGCACAAACAGAAACCUCCAAUCAUACACAGAGACCUCAAGAUUGAGAACCUCUUGAUUAGUAACCAGGGCACCAUCAAGCUUUGUGACUUUGGCAGCGCCACCACAGUGUCACACUACCCCGACUACAGCUGGUCGGCACAGAAGAGGUCCAUGGUGGAGGAUGAGAUCACAAGGAACACAACUCCAGCGUACCGCACACCAGAGAUGAUCGACCUCUACUCCAACUUCCCCAUCAACGAGAAACAGGACAUCUGGGCCCUCGGAUGCAUCCUCUACCUGUUGUGUUUUAAGCAGCACCCGUUCGAGGAGGGGGCCAAGCUGCAAAUCGUGAAUGGGAAAUACGCCAUCCCUCAGAAUGACGUGAAGUACACUGUGUAUCACAACCUCAUACGUUCCAUGUUGAAGGUGAACCCAGAGGAGCGCCUGUCCAUUACAGAGUUGGUCAACCAGCUCCAGGAGAUCGCAGCAGCACGCAACGUCAACCCAAAGUCUCCCAUUACAGAGCUGCUGGAGCAGAACGGAGGUUUUGGCAACAACGGAGCUCAGCCGCCAAUGCAGAUCCACAACGUCCAAAACAAUGCAGGCAUCUAUGAUCCUGAUCAGUCAGCCAGUGGCCUUUUUGAUAUCUUAAAGGGAGGAACCGAGCGCUUCCUGACCAACAUAAAGGACACUUCCUCUAAGGUCAUCCAAUCAGUAGCCAGCAACCCCAGCUAUGCCAAAGGGGACCUGGAUAUUUCUUACAUCACAUCUAGAAUAGCAGUCAUGUCCUUCCCAGCAGAGGGGGUGGAGUCAGCAAUAAAGAACAACAUUGAGGACGUCCGUCUGUUCCUAGAUUCACGUCAUGCUGGUCACUACGCUGUCUACAACCUCUCCAAACGAUCCUACAGGCCUUCACGAUUCCACAACAGGGUUUCAGAGUGUAACUGGCAGGUGCGUCGUGCCCCCAACCUCCGCAGUCUCUACAGUGUGUGUAAAAACAUGCAUCUAUGGCUCAAACAAGACCAGAGGAACAUCUGCAUAGUUCACUGUCUGGACGGCAGGGCAGCUUCUGCAGUGGCAGUUUGCUCCUUCCUGUGUUUCUGUCGCCUCUUCACCACAGCUGAGGCUGCUGUCUACAUGUUCUCAAUGAAGAGAUGCCCUCCUGGCAUAGCACCCUCACACAAGAGGUAUAUCGAGUAUAUGUGUGACAUGAUGGCAGAGGAGCCCAUCAUCCCCCACAGCAAGCCCAUAACAAUCCGCUCCAUCAUCAUGACACCGGUGCCGCUGUUCAACAAGCAGCGCAACGGGUGCAGGCCGUUCUGCGAAGUUUACGUUGGAGAUGAGAGGGUCCUCACCACGUCACAGGAAUACGACAAGAUGAAGGAUUUUAAGAUGGAGGAUGGGAGAGCGGAGAUUCCCCUCAAUGUGACAGUUCAAGGAGAUGUACUGGUGGUGAUCUACCAUGCAAGAUCUACACUGGGAGGGCGUCUGCAGGCCAAGAUGGCAUCCAUGAAAAUGUUUCAGAUCCAGUUCCACACAGGCUUCGUUCCCAGAAAUGCGACCAAUGUCAAGUUUGCCAAGUACGACCUUGAUGCCUGUGACAUCCAGGAGAAGUAUCCGGACUUGUUCCAGGUCAACUUAGACAUUGAGAUGGAACCCAGGGACAGACCCAGCACUAAGAGCCCACCGUGGGAGGGCUUCCAAACCAAGGGCCUCAACCCCAAAAUCCUAUUCUCCUCUCGCGACGAACAGCAAGAGAUCCUCAGCAAAUUUGGUAAACCAGAGCUGCCUCGUCAGCCAGGCUCCUCAGCAUUUUAUGAUUCAGAGUCGUCUCAGCCGGUUCAGACUCCAGAGGGCUCCAGUGCAACAGAACCAGAAUCUCCUGGGAGCACUGACCCCAACGCUAACAACUUUUUCCAGACACUGGAUUGGGAAGAUGUGAGUGGCCCCCAGGACGCCUCAGACAGUCAAGCAGGGGGAUCCAUGAACGAACAGGAGGACUUGAGUGAUCAAUCAGAGGGAGAGUCCUACUCCUACUCGGCCCCCGGUGGAGAGCCACUUUCACGUGACCCCAGCGAACCACUAUUUGAUGCUGACUUUGAGACUUCCCCCCCUGAAGCCCAGGAAGCUCCUGUCGGUGGCACAGCUGAUCUCUUGGGUCUCAACUCUGACCCUGAACCUCCCUCCACGUCCUCCUCCUCUGCUCCUCAUCAAGGAGUCCAGGGAGGAAUGAAAGCUGCGUCCAGCAACAGCAACCUCCUUAAUGAUUUGUUUGCACCCCCUGCUGGACAGACCGGAGCUGUGCAGGAAGACUUGUUCUUCACUGAGACCACACCAGACUCAAAACCCACGGGCGACCUGUUUGAUCCGUUUGGGAUGGGGUCCGGCUCUGGUGUCAGCUCCAGCGUGGGUUCGUCUCGGCAGGCCUCUGGACCGGACCUGUUUGGAAACUUGUUGGGUUCUGAUAGUUCGGCCACCAGCGGGUUCAGUUCAGGUCAUAGUAACCCCACUCCUGCUUCCAACACCAGCCUCUUCAACCUCAAUAAGCUUGUAAAUGAUGCCCCAAAGAUGACAUCCUCCGCCAGCCAGCCGGACCUGCUGAGUGGGUGGGACAGCUGGGCAGCCGGCACCAACACUGGCAUAAGUAGCACAAGCAGCAAACCCAGCUACACCAACACAGCUGCUGGUGUGUCGUCCAUGUCAAAGGCCAAGUCUCAGACCUUUGACCCCUUUGCCGACCUCGGAAACCUGGGGAACAAUCUACCAGGACCUUCUUUUAGCACGAAGGCUCCUCCCUCCUCUGCUUCCUCCUCCUCCACCAAGCCUCAAGCCCAGCCCUGGCAGUCCGGCAGACCGGCCUCAGCCCAGAGCAAACCGUGGAUGUCGGGAUCAGGAUCUGCACCCAAAGCAUCCUCAGCAUCUCAGCCUGCAGCAGCGCAGCCCACCAAGCCUAACUACAACCUCAACUUCUCUAGUGUCAUCGGCGGGAGAGAGGAGAGAGGAGUCCGUGGGCCUGGAUUUGGCCCCAAGCCGAAGGUGAAGCAGGAUGAUUUUGAGGACCUGCUGUCGACUCAGGGUUUUGCCUCUAAGCUUGAUAAGAAGGGACCAAGGACCAUAGCGGAAAUGAGAAGACAGGAGAUUACAAAAGACAUGGAUCCGCUCAAACUGCAGAUCUUAGACUGGAUCGAAGGGAAGGAGCGAAACAUCCGCGCGCUGCUGUCGACGCUGCACACGGUGCUGUGGGAGGGUGAAACCCGCUGGAGGCCUGUGGGCAUGGCUGACCUGGUGACACCCGACCAUGUGAAGAAGUACUACAGAAAGGCUGUGCUGAUCGUCCAUCCAGAUAAGGCAACAGGCCAGCCCUAUGAACACUACGCUAAGAUGAUCUUCAUGGAAUUGAACGACGCCUGGUCAGAGUUUGAGAACCAGGGAUCCAAAGCACUCUUCUAAAAGUCUGGUCUGGAUCCCAGCCCGGACUGGACUGGAUUCGGCCUAACCAAAACAAGGGGUUAGACUGGACCAGAUAAGACAGGACUGAGCCCACAUUGGGCCUUAGGGGGCAAAGAGCCUCUGAGAGGUGUCCUCUCCACCAUUCCCUUCACUCCCUUAUUCCUUCUUUAUGUUCUUCUGUUCCUACAGUCAAGGAAAAAAGACCUUUUGUUUCAUGCCUGGCUGUGGUAAAAAAAAAAAAAUCCUCACUGGUUAUUAAAGUGCCAGUUAAAUGUUGUGAUCGUUCUUUAACUCACUGCCUACCUGUACGACUGCCUGAGUGGUGCUGCAAAGGACGGAGGAAUGGGUGACAAUCACACGAAGAAGACGCAGGGAAAGAAAUAGGAAAAAUAUAAAGACUUUUGAAACUAUGGAGACGAUUAACAACAUAAUGGUAUUCCAAUUAAAAACAACAAAAAAAGAUUUAUUUAUCCCUCACUAAUACAUGCUGGUGAUUUGGGCUGUGGCUUGUAGGUUUGUCAUUUGUGCUUGGCACCUUUGCAGAAAACCAGUCGUUUUUUUCACUGGUAAAAAAAAAAAAAAAAGGAAAUGGAAAUUUUCAAACCUUGAUUUAGAGUUUUGAAGCUCAGCUGCCUCAAAAAGUAACAAACAUUGCUG